GUCUGGGAUCAUAUCGCUUAGGGUCUCCAAUGAAUUGAUGCAAUUUUCAAUCAUUCAGCUACCCACGCUCCGAUCAGAAAUGGCUAUAAUAAUAGACCUUAUGGACAGACGGACGUCCUUUGUGAUACCUAUUGGCUUUUGGCAUUUUAUUUUUUGCACGUAGCAUACUCGUCGCUUAACCAUGCCUCUCACAUCUGAUCAAGCGACGCUCGACACAGCGAACAAUGUGCUUGCCAUGUUUAAAGGAGCCUUUGGGACACCAGGUGGAUUUAGGCCAGCUCAUGCGAAAGGUUUGCUCCUCGAGGGCACGUUUCAACCGACAGCUGAGGCAAAAGGCUUGACAAAAGCCCACCAUUUCAAUUCAGCCUCGACCCCAGUUACCGUGAGAUUCUCAGACUCGACGGGAAUCCCGGCAAUCCCAGAUAAUGACGCCAAUGCUUCGCCUCGAGGCUUUGCCGUGAGAUUUCACCUCCCGGAAGAGAAUGGAAAGAGAAAGCAUACAGAUAUCAUCGGCCACUCGACUCCUUUCUUUCCAGCCCCCACCGGCCAGGAGUUUGCGAAUCUGUUCCGCGCCAUAGGUGCCAGUUCGCAGCCUGACCUGCCCCAUCCUACACCCAUCGAAAAGUACCUGAGCGAGCACCCCGCCGCGUUGGCCUUCGUAACCGCCCCAAAGCCUUUCCCACACAGCUGGGCGACCGAGUCGUACUAUGCUCUGAACGCUUUCAAGUUCGUAAAUUCGGAAGGAGAGGAGACCUUCAUCCGCUACGAGAUUGUCCCCGAGGCCGGCCGUGCCCACUACAGUGACGAAGAGGCCAAGGCGCUCUCGCCCAACUAUCUGUCCGAGGAGAUCAAAGAGCGCAUCGCCAAAGGGUCCGUUGGCCUGAAGCUACUUGCGCAAGUAGCGGAAGCAGAAGACCCGACGGAUGAUGUCACGAAGAAGUGGCCCGAGGACAGAAAGAAAGUUGAGCUGGGCACAAUCACGCUGACAUCCUUGGUCGCGGAUGAUGCAGCGACGCAGAAGAAGACCAUAUUCGAUCCAAUCCCGCGCGUAGACGGCAUCGAACCAAGUGCUGAUCCCAUCUUGGAAUUUCGUGCCGCGUUGUACCUGAUCUCGGGUCGUGAACGGAGGUCCGCUUAAGAGCGACGUCCUUCAGAAGAGCGAGCUCAGGGUUGUGUGAAGUUUACGACGUUUGUGUUUUGUUCAAUACUAUUCUACGUACAUUCUCCG